UCCGCGCCGUCCGCCAUUUUAUUUUAAUGCUUCCGUUUCACUUUGUCACGGCUGGGUGCUUCUUGUAUGAAUUUUGAUUUUAUAUUGAUAUUUCUACGUACUUUAGGUGGUUAAACUCUCGAUUGUGAUCUAAUUGUGAUUUAAAAUGUUUUUGUUUUGGUAAACUUGCGAUCCAGGCCGGCGUUUUUUGGUAUUGUAGGUAACGGACAAGAUUCACCAUGAGUGUCAUCAUAAGACUACAGAACCUCCCGUGGUCUGCGAAUGCCCUGGAUAUUAGGAAUUUCUUUCGGGGCCUCUCGAUACCAGAGGGGGGUGUGCACAUCGUAGGAGGCGAGCUCGGAGAUGCGUUCAUUGCGUUCAGCACGGACGAAGACGCGCGCCAAGGCAUGAUGCUGGACGGCGGCAAGAUCAAGGAGAUCCAGGUCAAGCUGCUCCUUAGUUCUCGCUCCGAGAUGCACAAGGUCAUCGAGGCGGCGCGACAGAGCGUGCCCAUCCUGUCCCUAGCCCCUCCCGCCCCCGCCCCUGUCCCAACUCCAACCCCUGUCCCCACCCCUGUCUUACCCCCCACUAUCACCCCCUUCUCAACUGCGCUCGGCAACAAUCUCUCAAGCUUCGGCAUCCCCGGCAUAGGCAACCCCCACGAGAUCCCACAACCUGCUGUUAUAGAACCCCCCGCCCCCCUCGCCAGCCCUACCGCUGUCCCCAAUGGCGACGAGGAUAAAGAAGAUGAGAAACUCGAAAGAAAACGCAGCAGGGAAAAGGAUAGGCGACGAACGCGAUCGCGGUCCAGGUCCCGCGAUAAAGAUAGUAGGAAAGAACGCAAAAGAGAUCGCCGCGACCGCUCGCGGUCUAGAGAUCGACGCCGCCGCGACCGCAGCCGAGAUCGCAGUCGCAGUAGGGACCGCCGCGAUCGCAAAAGAGACCGCAAGGACCGCAGUCGCUCACGAGACCGCACGCCUACGAGGCGCUCGCGCGAUCGCCGCAACGAGCGUCGUUCGCCACGCAACGAGCAAUCGCAGGAGAAAGUUCCAGAGGUACAAAUCGUGGAGCCGCCGGUGGCCCCGCCCGCGCCCGUCAUCACCGCGAUGCACGCGGCGCAGCAGCAGAUGCAGCAGCAAAGCAUGAUGAACAUGAACAUGAUGAUGCCCAAUGGAUCCGCUUCUAACUCCAACGACGCGACGCCGAAUAGAUUCAACGAUCCUUCCCUGGCUGACGCGUUCAAUAAGCUGCAGGAACUGGGCAAAAAGCGCAACCCCAAUGCGUUCCAGGGCGAUUCGAGUCCCCAAAACGGCGGGAGUAGAUUCCAGAAUAGCGGCCGUGGGGGCGCGACGACCGCACGCGGCGGCGCAAACUUCCGCAACAACAGACAGUCGCGCUUCGACAGCGAGCCGCAGCGCGACUGCUGCGUGGCCAUCCGCAACGCGCCCAACCACACCAGCUACGGCGACGUGCGCCGCUUCUUCCCCUUCAUGAUCGACAAGCACGGCAUCAAGAUGAUCAACGACAACCUCGGCCGCCGCACCGGCAACAUCUUCGUGCGCUUCUGCGACGCGCGCUCGCGACAGCUCGCCCUCCAGCGCAAGAACAACGAGCUCAAGGGCGCCGACGUGGCCGUGGAGCCCCUCGACGACGCCGCCUACGAGUCCGCCGUCGAUUCCUUCCUGCCCUACCGCGACGACGACGCCGACGCGCUCGUCAUCGCCGACGACGAGCCGCGCCUCGUCUACAGCGUGCUCAAGCUCACAGACCUGCCGCACUUCGUCAAGGAGCACGACAUCAUCAAGGCCUUCGGCGACUACUCGCUGCUGUCCAUCAUGCUCAACGACUGCCGCCAGACGCGCACCAAGGUCGCCUUCGUGCAGUUCGUGAAGGCCGACGACGCGCGCCAGGCCUUCGACCGCAAGGAGCGGUACAUUUUCGGGCGUCGCCAUCCGACGAUCGUGCCUGUGACCGAUGAAGACUACGAGAAGGAGAAGGCGCAGAACGACCGCAUGCCGGAGAUCAAACCGGCCGCCUCGCCCGUCGUCGAGCCCGCGCCCGAGGGCCCGCGGGACCCGCGCCAGCGCCGCCAGUUCGACGCCGGGCCCCGCGCGCCGCAACCAGCACCUGCUCAGAACGCGCCGUUCUUCCCGGGCCCGUUCCCUCAGCAGAACUUCGCCGGCGCCGGCUUCGGCGGCCCGCAGUACGGCGGCUUCCCGGGGCCCGGCGCGAUGGACCCGCGCACCGCCGCCGCCAACUGGGCGACGCGGCCCGGCGGCCCGAUGAGCGGCGGGCCGAUGGGCGCCGGCCCCGGCCCGAUGGGCCCGAUGCAGGCGAUGGGCGCGAACGCGAGCCCGGCGGACGACGACGCGCUCGACUGCGUGCUCAUGAAGGGUCUCCCGCGCGCCGCCACCGACCGCACCAUCGUGACGUUCCUGGCGGACACCGGCGCCGUGCCGACGCGCAUCCACCUGAUGCUGGACGCGGCCGGGCUGCCGUCCGGCGACUGCUUCUGCGAGUUCCGCGCGGCGGCGGAGGCUCGCCUGGCCGCCGCCAAGCACGGCCGCGAGCUGGACGGCUGCCGCGUCACCGUGGACCUGGUGCCGCGCGGCGUCGUGCAGGAGGCGCUCGAGGGCCCGCGCCAGCCCGAGGGCCUGCUCGGCAGCGCGCCGCAGCAGCCGCAGUUCUACGACGCGCCCCGGGGAGGAUUCGCGCCGCGCGGCGCCUUCCGCAGCCGGGGGGGCUUCGACGCCGGUCGGGGUGGGUUCGACAACGGCCGCGGGGGCUUCGACAACGGCCGGGGCGGCUUCGACGGCUCGCGCGGCGGCUACCGGGGCGGCUUCGACCAGGGCCGCGGCCAGUACCGCGGGCGCGGCGGCUUCGACCGCGGGCGGGGCGGGUUUGAGCGCGGACGCGGGCGCGGCUUCGCGGGGCGCGGGCGGGGCGGGGGCGGCGGGGGCGCGCGCGACGACGAGGACCCGGCGCUGGAAGACUUCGGCGCGCCGGGCUGCGUCGUGUCCAUGGAGAACGUGCCCUUCCGCGCGUCCAUCGACGAGAUCAUGCAGUUCUUUGGCGAGUUCGAGCUGACGACCGAUGACGUCAUCCGGCGGUACAACGAGCGCGGGCAGCCCACGGGCGACGCGCGAGUCGCCUUCCGCACGCCUUUCGAUGNUUUUGAUGCGCAACGCGCGUUAAAAACCCGCCACAUGGACACGAUCCACGACCGCCGCAUCAGCCUGACCAUCCUAUAACAGGAGGCCCCCGGGGGCCCCGCGCCCUCCGACUCGGACGAAGACUGUGUAAAUAAUUAGUGUAAUUCUAG